GUAUCAGCGGCACGUUAUUGGGUCAACCAAUUGCCUCGCAAAUCUUUCGUAACUGUACUCCCAACCACGUUCUCGGUGUCGUUAUUCAAACAGAGGUCCCAACUGAUACAACCUGUACAUCGUUGGAAGUAGCAAGCAUCAUACCAGCGACAUCAACGACGAUGUCGUGUCACUGUUUGCUGGGACUAGUAGCUCUUUGCUUGGCCUUGGAUGUGGCUACUCCGGAGCAAGGGCAAUUCUGGCACAUCACAGACCAUCAUUUCGACCCAACAUACUGGUCAGAAAUGCGGUCCUGUAAUGACAAGGUUCCUGUACGUGGUAUCUACGGCGACUACUGGUGCGACUCUCCUUGGCGCCUCGUCAACGACAGCGUCGCCGCCAUGGCCAACGUUAAACGUGACGUCGACUUCAUCCUCUGGACAGGAGAUAACGUGGCUCACAUUAAAAAUCAGUUCCUCAACCAAAGUCUAAACUUGGAGAUCACUGAGAAGAUAACAGACGCCUUAAAGGCGGAGUUUCCAGGCGUCCCAGUUUAUGGCAUAAUGGGAAACCAUGACUGGUUUCCAGCUGACCAGUUCCCGGUGCAACAAGCGUUUCUAUAUAACGCUACCGCUGAACUCUGGAGAGACUGGAUCGGGGACAACCAACAGAUUGAGAACUUUAAGAAAGGCGGCUUUUACACAAUCAGGACACCCAAGGGCCUUCGGAUCGUCGGUCUGAACACGGUCUUCUACUAUGGCGCAGACAAACUGACCACCAACUUGACCGACCCUGCUGGUCAGUUCGCUUGGUUGGAGGAAGUUCUUCAGAACGCAACAAAUGUCGGGGAGAAGAUCAUAUUGAUCGCCCACGUGCCCCCAGGUAUUAAGGUCCCGGGAAAGGUUCAGUGGUUUUAUGAGCAGUUCAACACCAAAUUCCUUGACCUCGUCCAGAAGUACGCGGACAUCAUCCCCGGGAUGUACUUCGGCCAUGACCACGCUGAUGGACUCAAACUGUUACUGAAGAAAGACGGUACACCGGGUAUUCCGAUGUUCAUAGCGCCAUCGGUGACACCAUGGCGCUACAAGAGCGGAACAGAGUCGGAUGCCCCACACAACCCAGCCGUCAGAUUGGUAAAAUAUGAUCAGAAAACUGGUGAGGCCCUGGACUUUAUUCAGUACUACAUGGAUCUGACUGAAAGCAAUGAAGCCAACGCGUCAUCGUGGAAGGUCGCAUACGACGCCAGCAAGGCCUACCAGGUCAAGGAUCUCUCUGCUGCAUCCGUCAGCAUGGCUGUUAAGCAGAUGAGCACAGAUAAAUAUGUUCUGGACAAAUAUAUCCGAUUCAAUACCGUUCUUGCUAAUGGUAACACAACAGUCAACGAAUGCGAUGCAACAUGCAGAGCCGAAUAUAUCUGUAGUUUUACUCAUCAUGAAUUUGGGGAGUUUAAUUCCUGUGUCAACGGUCUUAUGAAAGGUCUAUUGAUAGGGUAACUUGUCCAUCCAUUUUCGUUGGAGGUAUUUUAUAUCUUGAGUGAAAUCAUGUCAUGCGUUUACUCAAAUAAAUGGUUUAUGAUGAGUUUAUUAUUUGGAAUAAAACUCUGUUUAAACAUG